AUGGCAUCCGAACCGUAUAUCACCCCGGAACGUCCGGAGCUCCUCCAAACUCCUGACUAUAUACACACCAAAGAGUCACUUCUUCAGAACUGGAAUGGUGCCUACCUGCACUCUUACGGGGGAGGCUUCCCCGAUGUGACGUUCGCAUCGGGUCCAAGCAAGUGGUCCAUCUACCGCAGUGGUGAAUUUCGAAGGCCCCGCGCCGAGCCGAGUCCAGUGAAAACCCGACUUCCCGUUCUGGCUGAAGUUGAGAGAGUAUCUGAUAGAGGUCGGGAAAUAAUGACGAUCACCAGGAUUGCGAGGUCUGCCAAGAUAUAUGUCAAUGGCCAAUCGUUAGAGCUCGAUGUUCCCUUCCCAUUGUCAGAGAACGCAAUCGUCCUCAUUGACGGCCUAAAAUAUGCAUACCGCAGUCUUGAGAAGGUUCACGCCCCAUCUCAAUAUGGCCUCGUCAAGUCGCAGGUUGCUAUUGGAGGUCAAGGGGGUGAGUAG